AUGAGGCUGACCGCAUCCUCUGCUCAGACGCUGCUGCGCAUGCGCGCGUCUCUGGAUGGCGGCUGUAGUGCAGCAGGGAGCGCGCGUCAGCGGAGGAGGAGUCUCGUGUCUUUAGGACAGAAUGCGGCUCGGUACCGGUCAAAAUACCCGCUCAUAAAAAGAGACGCUUCCCGGAUGUCGUAUGGUCUCCUCCGGUCUGGACCCGUUUCUUCUCACGCUGUCCGCGCCGCCCGCGGCCUGAGCCACAGGAUGCAGGUGAAAAACCAGAUUUGCACCGAGCGAAGCAGCACGGACGACACAGAACAAGAUGACAGCGACAAGAAGACCUCUUGUUUCUCCAACAUCAAGAUCUUUCUGGUGUCGGAGUGCGCGCUCAUGCUGGCACAAGGCACCGUCGGCGCGUAUCUGGUGAGUGUGUUAACAACUUUGGAAAGACGGUUCAAUCUGCAGAGUGCUGAUGUCGGCGUCAUUGCAAGCAGCUUUGAGAUUGGCAACCUGGCCCUGAUCCUAUUUGUGAGUUACUUUGGCGCCAAAGCCCACCGUCCACGCCUCAUUGGCUGUGGGGGUAUUGUGAUGGCACUCGGGGCUUUGCUGUCAGCUCUACCAGAGUUCCUGACUCAUCAGUAUGUGUAUGAGGCCGGAGACUCCUGGCACGCUGAAGACGGCAGAGAUGUGUGCUCGAACAGGACCAGGUCAGAGAACAGAGACUCUGGCUUCAACUGUGGCAACCGAGCCAACACCAACAUGAUGUACCUACUGCUGAUCGGGGCGCAGGUCCUGCUGGGCAUCGGGGCCACGCCUGUGCAGCCUUUGGGAGUGUCGUACAUCGAUGACCACGUCCACAAGAAGGACUCCUCUUUGUAUAUAGGUGAGUGA